AAUUCCUCUGAAAUCUAGAACAAUAGUUCAUACAUGAGAAACAAAAACCUUUUUUAUUCACAUAAUAACCACAGAGAUCUUAGCACCACUUACACUCUUGGAGUCAGUGUUGACUUGACUCCAAUUGUAUAUGUUGACUCCAAUUGAAUACAUCGAGUAUAAAAACUCAAUUUAUUUUGCCAUUUUUGUUACCUUGUAGAUUUCUGUGUAGUUUCUUACCAGGGCAGGGAGGAGAACGGCUUUUUUCCCCUGUUUCCACCAAAAUUAAAUUUGGAAUCCAAAACACGUCGUACUUUUACUUUAACCUCCUCAGCGUUGGCAAGUAAUGGGACUGGGAGCUUCUGCAGUCAGUAAUGGAUUGUGACCAGUUGCAUUUAAAACUGAAAAAGAAAUAAUUGAGUGUACUAGAAACACCAAAUAAUCAUGUUCAAUUGAUUCCAGGCCUGCCCUACAAAUUUGAAGUACAGCAGAUGGUGGAGGAACCUCAGUGGGAAUUAAUAUUUGAAAAAACAAGAUGGAUAAUUGAAAAAUACAGAUUUUGCCAUAGCGUCCCCAUGGAUAAAAUCUUUCACAGAGAUUCUGACCUCACUUGUUUGCAGAAACUGUUGGAGUGCAUGAGGAAGACUCUGGGCAAGGUGACAAACUGCUUCAUCGCUGAAGAGUUCUUGACUCAGAUAGAAAACUUAUUCCUCUCCACGUACAAGGGUGAGAAGAAGAGCAAUUCCGAAGAGAAUGAGCACGAACAAAUGAAACACUGAUGUGAUGGCUUUAACAAAACAAAAUUAGGGAACUUUGAUUUUAUUUUUAAAUUUUCUCCUCCUUCUCCCCAUUAUGUCAACUCUUUCAGAAUUAUUACCCAUUUUAAUAGUGACUGUUACAGAAUCCGGUGGUAUCGUUAUGAAAAAGGAGUUUGAGAAACUCCUACUGUGUGUGACCUGACCUCGUGGGGAACAUUUAAUAUGAACAUUUUGUAAAAAAAAAAAACAAGUGCUACCGAAUGAAUUGCUUGACCCACAGUCUGCUGUUUGGGAAGAAGGACAACCCGUCAAGAAUCCUGGGCUUCGGCCUUCAAGGAGAGAGGACAAAAUCUCAAGUCUUCCCAGUUUGAGAUUUUUCUUUUAUUUUUUUUAUCGGCAGGUCCCCAUCUAACUCAGAAUGAAUUUAUUCCUGAGCGCUUUAGAGACCGUAAGUGUGAGUGCAUUCAUAAAGGAGAAGCUGCACUGAAAGGAAAAUUUUAUAGCGCUGAUUUCACACUUUCCUGGUAUCCAGUCUGAAGUUUUAUUCAGUUGUAGUUUAAUACAUCAGCUGAUUAAUUAUUAUUUUUUUUUUAAUAUAUUUUUUCUCCAUCG